CAGGCUCAGAAGCUAGGCCAGGAGGUUAGAGCUGACUAAGAAGUAUACAGAAAUCAAGUCAUGGAUCCACCUGCACGUAAAGAAAAGCCCAAAGUUAAAGAGCCUGUCAGCAGAAUCGAGAAGGCCAAGAAGAAAUCAGCCCAGCAGGAGCUGAAGCAGAGACAGAGAGCAGAGAUCUAUGCUCUCAACAGAGUCAUGACAGAACUGGAGCAGCAGCAGUUUGAUGAAUUCUGUAAACAGAUGCAGCCUCCCAGAGAGUGAACCAACCCUGCGUUCACACUAGAUGGGACCCUAGAAGCUUU